AUGAGUUCCGAGGAAGACAUCCAAUUCAUAAAUCAAAUUUUAAGGAAUAAAGAGGUAUAUAAUUAUGUGAUACAUUUAAAAAAACUUGAUAUUAAAGACAACGACGAGGAAGCUAAUAAGCUUAUGAAUACUUUAGAAUUGUUUGCAUUUGGAGAUUAUCUGCAUUUUCUUUCCUACCAGAAUUAUUACAUAGUAUUGGAUUCUGUAUUAUUGAUUAAAUUGAUCAGAUUAACAAUAUUAUCUGCAGCAAUGCAAGAAGGACUGUCAAUUAAAAUAGACAAAUUGCUUACAGAAUAUAAAUUAGGACCCGCAAUUGAGCAUUAUAUUGAAAUUGCAGGCGAAAAGGUUUCCAAGGAUCUAAUAUUUGAAAAAAUAUGCAUUGAUAUGGUAGAUGAUUCAAUAAUUGAAAUUAAGUUCAACGAUGUAGAGAAUACUGUUGUUAUAGGUAAAACAAACGUAAUUCGAGAUUCAUUUGACAAUAACACCACAGCAUUACGAAUCCUUAAAGAAAAGGAUAUAGCAGGUAAAAAUUUAGCUAAUGCCUUAAUAAAUUUGCAAGAAUGGUUUGAAAAAAGUCUCGACCCUACGAAAACAGACAUAGACGCUCAAAUUGAUAAUACGAACAAAACGAAGGACAUAAACCUACGGAAGAGGAAACCUUCCGAUAACUGUUCACUUUGA